CAUUUUCAGCCUUUGAUUUUUUUACGAGUUUCGCAUAUGCGGUGUAAUCGAUAUAGUACAAGCGGUGUAAUGUGUAAUCGGCAUUUGGUUUUGUUUUGCUUUUUUCCGCGGCUUUUUGUUGUUUUGCACAUGUUGAUAUCAAGCUGCUCGGCUUUCAAACCUUUCUGAUAUUAAAACUACAAUAAGAAAGAAUAAAAUAUUGUUUGGAUAUAUAUAGUUACAAAACAGGCUUUUCAACAUAUACAAGAUAAGACAAUUAACAGUAAAUAACCAAAAUGGAUUCGACUAUGGAUGGAUUUAUAGUGCCGAACAUUCACGUAUGGUUCCGGCAAAAUAGUUUCAUCUGCACACCUGACAACGGAUUGCUGUAUCAGUCGCGAUCGGAUGUUAAUUAUAUUGCCCCACUAAACAAAGAGCAUUUACCUCAAACUAAGAUUUUCAAUGUCAAGGGAAUAAUCAAAUCACUCGCCUGUUCAAUGGAUUGGGGCGAGCGACGCCAAUUUGCCACUUACGACGAUCUGCAUACGUUACAAGUUUGGGAUUUAGACAAAGGAGUUCCGGUGAAUGGCCACAAAGCACACCAACAUCAAAAGUCCUCACGACCAGAAUCGAAUAACGAGGUGACUUCGGCCGUUGCCUUCAUCCAUUCGCAAAAGAUCGUUUCGAUUGAUCGCUCAACUCUCGUCAUUUACUGUCUUAUCACGAAUAAGUGCAAAGUGUUCCCAGAGUUGUUUCGGGGUUGCGCAGUGACCAUUUCACCAUGCCCCAAAGAGCGGGAUAUUGUGGCGAUCGGUUUGCGUGACGGAUUAAUACUGAUGGUUGAUCUUCGUAAACCUGUUGUGCUACACAAACUUCGAGGUCACGACAAGGAGGUUGUUGCGAUCGAUUGGAUGGUUGUGAAGGUUCGUUCGGACUCGUGUCGGGACAAUUGGAGGCGCGAGGAUCGACCGAAGAAGGAAGCUCGUAAAAGAAACGAUAAAAUUGAUUCAAAGCCCCUAGAAAAACUGGAGCCAGCAAAUGAACCGUCCGCCGAUUCGUCCGAUAUUUUUGACAUUUAUGACUACAGCGGACAAGAGGAGGAGUUUGGAACAAUUGUUGACCAGGUAACUUCGAGCUACGAACAGCGGGACCGUUUUCAUGAAAAAGUUCAUACGACGGAGGGUUUCAACUUUCUGGAAGCCUGUCAGAAUUUGAAGGAAGAUAUAAUCAAAGCCAAAGAGCAAGACGACCAAGAAGGUAACGAGUCAGAUAGCCCACAGGACGAAUCGGCAAGACAAGCGUCCAUGUUGAAUACAGAUGAUGAAAACGACCUCGACGAGGCGGAAAAGUUGAGAGAUUUUAUUAUUGUGGAUGGCGAUGGAAAGGAGAAAGAGAAAAGUGGUUCAGAUGAAGAUGAGGAGGAUGGCGAUGGGCAAAAGGAAGAAAUGGAACAGGAAGGAUCACCAAUGUUGGUGCUAAUUACUAGUGGUCGGGAGAAUGUCAUCUGCUUUUGGAACUAUGAAGCCGGUGUGAUUAUCGACAGAAUUAUACUGCCUAAUAGUCAGGUCAGUAAACGCCUCUGCACAGCAGGAGCCUUCAUUACUGCGGUGUGGGUGAAUCCUUCCACGAUUGUAGCAAAUAGUGUUACCGGGAAUAUUUUUGCGUGGAAAGUAUCGUUCCAUAUGCGCGGACCGAGUGUUAAAUUGGAGUCCGUGCUAAGUAAAGCCCGAUAUCCCGUGGAUGCUGCGAUUUUUGCUGUGCGAGCGCAAGGUCCCGUCGGAGAUAAUGACCCUCGAGGUGAUUACGUUUGGUGUCAGUCGCUAAAUCGGAAAAUUGUAGCUGUUUCUGUUUCGGAUAAUCCUGAGGUGGUGGCCGAACUUAACUGCCUUGCGAUGGGUAGCAUGUGCGUCACAGAGAAUCCAAUGGAGUCUACUGUUUUGGCGGUUGGCUGUACUGAUCGAAGAUUGGUCACCAUUAAUCUGGCCAGUAUGGUCUAUAAUUACGUCAAUUGUACGCCCUACAUGAACAAAAUUUGCUCCAAAGUGACGGCACUCGAUUGGCAUCCAGAGCGGGAGAAUAUAAUCGCUUUUGGAACAUCAGAGGGUAGAAUAGGCGUUCUCGAUACUAAUAAUCAAAUCAACGUUCCAGUUUUACUGAAUCCCUUCAUAUCGACCGAUGUGUAUGCACUCAAGUGGUGUGAAAUGUCCGAUGAACUGAGGGUGCGCCAAACAGUAUUAUUUGCUACUGGCAAGAACAAAAUGGCUUAUUAUAAAAUGAAACCUGGAAAGCACGAGUUGAUCGAAGUGCACGAUUGUGGACUUGUAUCGAGUGUGUCGGCGUCUGAGAAUUAUCUGCUAGUUGGUACUCAGGACGGUUUUGUUUAUAUAAAGGAUCUGAACAAGAAUUUGGCACAACUAUAUCGUCGCAGUAUUACACGUCGUUACAUCACAUCAAUGCAGUUGAAGGAUAAUAUCUUAGCUGUGGCUUCAAACGAGAAUAGUAUUAGGUUGAUUGAUUUCAGUAACGGAAUUGACGAUAAAACGGACGAUAACAUCAAAGUUUUGGAAGGUCACAGCCUUGGAGUUUGCUGUCUGCGUUGGGGACACGGGAACAGUAAGCUGCUGGUAUCAGCCAGUUUCGAUAGUACCGUGCGUGUCUGGGAUACAAUCACGUUCAAUUGUCUGUCCGUGUAUAACAGUAUGGAUUCUGUGUUUUGUGCCUUUUUCUCGCCUAUCCACGACAACACUAUAAUCUUUACGGGCAAAGGAACAACACUUUCCUUCAUAAACUACAUCAAAUAUCCUCCAUCAGCAAAAUCUGUGAUCAAGAAAUCAAAACCGUUAAUUAACUGGGGUAGUGAUGAAGCGGGUGGUCCCAUUAAAAAGAGAAAUCGUGAAAGAAAGAGUAAAAUUGUUGAUAAAUUGAGCUCACUUCAACUUUCAGACAAGGCUGAAGAAAAAGAAAAUGAAGAAAAGGUAACCGGCAGUUUUGAAGAAUCCAAAGCGGAGCUAGAAUCCACCAAGCCUGAUCAGCAAGUAGACGAGUUGGCUAAUCAACUGAAGCAGAUUAAGUUCAAAGAAAUUAAACCAGUUCAGCUCAAGAGUAACGUUCCGACGACGUUUCAUUUGACUAAUCGGGAGAUUAACAGUCCUGUUGAUGUGCUUGAGUGCCUCAUAAAAAUAGCAAACUUCAAAAUGCCAGAAGAUGACCCGGAUGAGUUUGAAGGCGAUAGUAAAAUGGAAAACAAUAAGACUGGCGAGGUGGAGUACUUCAAUGAAAAACUGUUUACCACGGAGAAAGCACUACGAGAGCUAAUUGAAGCUGAAACUAAAAACCAUUACGUUUCUCGAACGUCGUCGAUAGGAACGAUUUUGUUACCACAGAUCGCUUUUCGUUUGAAGGAAGUUAUAAUUGAACGAAUAGCAUCCAGGACACUAACGGAUCAGCUAGUAGCGCUGGCUCCAUCAAUAUCAUAUGAGUUUUGGCGGAAGUGUUGCGAAGCUUAUGGAUAUCAGUUUCUCGAAAAACAAUACACGUUAGCGUCUGUUCCAUACUUUUUGGCGUGUCAUAAGGUCGCCGAAGCCAUCGAGUACUUACGCAAGCACAAAUUCUUCCGUGAGGCGUGGGCCAUCUGCAGGCUACGCAAGGCGGACGACGAUCCAACCUGUGAACAGGUUAGCACGGAAUGGGCCCAGUACCUGGAAUCGACUGCCAAUUUCGAAGGGGCUGCUCUUGUUUGGACGGCUGGGAGAAAAUACGAAAAUGCAAUCGCAGCGUUGUCUAGGCGUAAGGAAAUUACCGGAGACAUUCAGCGUGCCAUCGAUGUACUGAGCGCAAAAUUGAAAGAAGCUGCAUAGUGAUACCGUUAUAUAGUUUAUUUGUUUCUUUUCAUUAUUUUCUAAAUUCUGUUCCGUGCCAAUGUUGGGUAUUUUAUACGGGCACAUAAUACUUAAAAUCGAAUCUGAGAAUUUUCAAAUACUGACUCUUAUGAGAAGAACUUUAA